UCUUGAUUCCAAUCGCCCUCCUAUAGCGAAGGGUCGGGAAAAGACUACGUUUCCCAGGCGCAAAGGGUCCGUCGCGAGCUCCGGAGUGUUUGAGGGAGGAGGAGGGGAGAGGAGAGUCAACUGUUACCGUUUGGACGGAGAAGUACAAGAGGAAGAAGGCAUGGCGGUGGAUAAGGAGCUGCUGGAGCUGGACCUGUAUGCUCUGCUGGGCGUCGGCGAGAAGGCGGCGGAUAAAGAGAUUAAGAAAGCUUACAGACAAAAGGCCCUUACUUGCCAUCCAGAUAAACAUCCCGACAAUCCCAAAGCAGCUGAACUCUUCCAUCAGUUGUCCCAAGCAUUGGCACUUCUAACAGAUGCAGCAGCAAGGGCAGCAUAUGAUAAAGUAAGGAAAGCCAAAAAACAGGCAGCAGAAAGAACUCAGAAACUUGAUGACAGGAGGAAAAAAGUCAAACUUGAUCUUGAAGCCCGAGAAAGAGAGGCCCAGUCUCGGGUCAGCAAGGAGGAAGAAAUCCAUAUAACUAGGACAUUGGAACAAGAGAUUCGACGGUUACGUGAAGAAGGAUCCCGCCAAUUGGAAGAGCAACAGAGACUCAUCAAGGAGCAAAUCCGACUUGAGAAAGGACAGCAGGUGCAUGGUAAGGCCAAGCAAGAUCAGAGCCUCCGCAAAGGAACACCCAAGCUCAAACUGCGAUGGAAAUGCAGUAAAGAAGAUGAGACUAAAGGUGGUUACUCAAAAGAAGUUCUUCUACAAAUUCUACAAAAGUAUGGUGAAGUACUGAAUUUGCUGAUUUCAAGCAAGAAGACUGGGAGUGCAGUUGUGGAAUUUGCCACAGUCAAAGCUGCUGAGAUGGCAGUGAAAAAUGAAGUUGGACUGAUAAAUAAUCCUCUAAAAAUCACCUGGCUAGAGGGCCAACCACAAGGCAGCACAGUGUAUGCUGAUGGCAGCAUCCAGCCACGAAUAUCCCAGGAUUCCGUAGUCUCAGAACGGGAUUAUGAAAGCCUUGUGAUGAUGCGGAUGCGCCAAGCGGCUGAGAGGCAGAAACUUAUUGAGCAGAUGAAACAGGAAGACGAGGAAGAGUCAUACACGUAGUACAAAGAAAAAACAUUAUUUGGAGCUUUUGGUUAUGCUUCUUAAAUUAAGUCAAUAAAUAUCCUUUUUCAAAACAA